GAAUUACUAUUAUGACGUAAAAUGAAAACUACCCACGUCGCAUUGCUUCUUAUUCAGAAUCACAAUUGACGUUUUAAAUUAAACAAUACAUUGAAAAGGACUAGUACUAGUAGUAUUCCAUUGCUAUUUAAAGGUCGUUUGAGAGCUUAUAAGAACACAUUGCAAUGCGCACACCCUCGUGUGUGCCCUGCGCAGUAGGGUCGACCAAAAUCCAGCCCAUCCACCGGUUCCUUCUCUCUCACUUCUUCACCGGAGGGUGAGCAGAUCACUUCAGGCGGGACCGAAGAAUCGAGUGGACGUCUCCGGAUCGCGUAUUGACAAGUUAUCGGGCGUUUUGAAGGAGGAUGCAUCCCCCUUUUGAUUCGAACCUGUUCACCGCACAGCCGGCAGGAAAAUUGUGCAGCGGCAAACUCGCAAUGCGCUCUGAGUGAACACGCAGGGAGACAAUACGGACCCGCGGGCUCACCAAGCGAGGAGCAACAUAUCUCAUCUGGAUCCUACCCUCCCUUUUUCCUUCCCCCCUGAACCUAGCCGCAGCGUGGACACCCUCACCUCACCGAGCGUAUUAUUAUUGUCGAAUUGAGAGCAAAUUGACUUCGCAACCAAGUGGUUCUAUCCGCAAACUCCAGCCAUGACGUCUCCGGCCAAAUUCCGAAAGGACAAGGAGAUCGUGGCCGAAUAUGAAACUCAAGUCAAAGAGAUUCGUGCCCAGCUGGUGGAGCAGCUGAAGUGUCUGGACCAGCAGUGCGAGCUACGAGUGCAGCUGCUCCAGGACCUGCAAGAUUUCUUCAGAAAGAAGGCGGAGAUCGAGAUGGACUACAGCCGCAACAUGGAAAAGCUGGCCGAGCGCUUCCUGACAAAGACGCGCAGUACCAAGGACCACCUGCUGAAGAAGGAGCAAAGCGUCUUAUCGCCGGUCAACUGCUGGAACCUGUUGCUGCUUCAAGUCAAGAGGGAGAGCCGCGACCACGCCACGCUGUCUGACCUCUACCUCAACAAUAUCAUCCCCCGCUUCGCUCAGAUCAGCGAGGACUCGGGACGCCUUUUCAAAAAGAGCAAAGAGGUUGGCGUGCAGCUGCAAGAGGACUUGAUGAAGGUCCUGAAUGAGCUUUAUUCGGUGAUGAAGACGUACCACAUGUACAACACGGACAGCAUCAACGCCGAGUCCAAGCUGAAGGAGGCCGAAAAGCAAGAGGAGAAACAGAUGGGGCGCUCCGGUCGCCAAGACGACCGCCAGACGCCUCGCUCGCCAGACACGCUCGCGAGCAUUAAGGCUGAGGACAAACCCAUCCGUCGCUCCAGUGUCAAAAAAAUUGAAAAGAUGAAGGAGAAGAGACAAGCUAAGUACACAGAGAGCAAGCUAAAGGCCAUCAAGGCCAGGAACGAGUACCUCCUUGCUCUCGAGGCCACCAACGGCUGCGUCUUCAAGUAUUACAUCCACGAUCUCUCGGACAUCAUUGACUGCUGUGACCUGGGCUACCACGCCAGCCUCCACCGAGCCCUGAGGACCUACUUGUCAGCAGAACAGAAUGUGGAAGUGUCCAAGCACACGGGUCUGGAGACCAUGGAAGGUGCCGCUGAAAGUCUGGAGCCCAAUGGGGACAAACAGAAGCUCAUGGAGACGUACAACAACGUUUUUUGCCCACCGGCGCGCUUUGACUUCCAGUCGCACAUGGGGGACACGAUGGGAAUUAUGUGUGCUCAGCAACCACUGGAAGGUGAACUCCUCCAGAGGUGUCAGCAGCUUCAGUCCCGCCUCUCCACGCUCAAGAUAGAGAACGAAGAGGUAAAGAAGACCAUGGAAGCCACUCUGUCCACCAUCCAGGACAUGGUGACGGUGGAAGACUACGACGUGUCCGAGUGCUUCCACCACAGCAACAGCAUGGAGUCCGUCAAGUCGACGUUCAGCGAGUCCUAUCUCAGCAAGCCCAGCCUGGCCAAGAGGCGGGCCAACCAACAAGAGACGGAACAGUUCUACUUUACGAAGCUGAAGGAGUUUCUUGAAGGCAGGAACCUGAUCACCAAGCUCGAGGCCAAGCAUGACCUCAUUCAGAAGACCAUAGGAGAGAGUCAGAAGACCGACUGUUGCCUUGCCAGUGGACGGCGAAACUCAGCAUUACGGAAACAGGACGCAGGUGAGGCCAUCCCUCUGAUCGUUGAGAGCUGCAUCCGUUUCAUCAGUCGCCAUGGUCUGCAACACGAGGGCAUUUUCCGGGUAUCGGGCUCCCAAGUGGAGGUCAAUGACAUCAAGAACGCCUUCGAGCGAGGCGAAGACCCGCUAGCGGGAGACCAAAAUGACCAUGACAUGGACUCCAUCGCCGGUGUUCUCAAGCUCUAUUUCAGAGGACUGGACCACGCCCUUUUUCCCAAGGAAGUGUUCCAUGAUCUCAUAACCUGCGUCUCCAUGGAGAGCCUCCAGGAGCGCGCCGUCCACAUUAAGAAAGUGUUGAAAUCUUUGCCGAGCAAAACCCUCAUCAUCAUGAGAUACCUGUUUGCCUUUCUCAAUCAUUUGUCCCAGUACAGCGAGGACAACAUGAUGGACCCUUAUAACCUCGCCAUCUGCUUUGGCCCCACCUUAAUGUCUGUGCCGGAGGGUCACGACCAGGUGUCCUGCCAGGCCCACGUCAACGAACUCAUUAAAACCAUCAUCAUCCACCAUGACACCAUCUUCCCGAGACUGCAAGACUUGCCGGGCCCCAUCUACACCAUCCCUGGAGCCGGUGAUGAAUUCUGUGACAUUCCACACUGCGAGCCCCCCCUUGUCCAAGAGCCGGCUCCUGACGCCGUGUCCGUCAGCCGCAACAGCGAAGACGGCGCCUUGGCUGUUUCAGAGUCCGACCCGGUCGAAGCCAUCGCCCGUUUCGACUAUUCCGGCCGGACCGGCCGCGAGUUGUCGUUCAAGAAGGGCGCCUCGUUGCUUCUGUAUCAGCGAGCGUCCGACGACUGGUGGGAGGGGCGACACAAUGGCGUGGAUGGAUUGGUGCCGCAUCAGUAUAUUGUUGUCCAAGACAUGGCCGACAGUGGUCGUGGAAGCCCCAAAUCUGAUGUGGACCAGCAUGAGGAGAGGGUUUCAACCAGAGGCAGUGCUGCAUCUCCUACCGGCGCUCAUGUGGCUGACAUCUACCUGGCCAACCUCAACAAGAUGAGGAAACGUCCCGAGGCCGGAGGCAUCAGAAGAACAUUCCGUAGCUCGGACAGCGAUAGUCCAGGAGCUAGCGGUGGCGUGGGAUCGGUGAGGACCGCGUCGCUUCCUGUGGGUAGCGUUCUGGUGAAGGACUCUGCGGACAAACGACCCGUUAGCGCUCACAGUAUCCUCAACUCCAUUACGCGCCACUCUUCGCUAAAGGCCAAGGUGGAAAGCCCCCAGCUGCGUAAGUCUACUCCGGCGGGACGUUCCAAGAGCUUCAGCAACCAUAGACCUCUGGAACCGGAGGUCAUAGCCCAGGUGGAUCAUAGUUCACAGGACAUCGAGGCGGCAAUGAGCUGCGCUCUGAAUGAGCUGAGAGAGUUGGAGCGACAGAGCACGUCCAAGCACACCCCGGACGUGGUGCUCGACACGCUGGAGCAGUUGAAAGGCGUGAGCGGCGGCGGAGGAGGAGCUUCGGAACCAUCCAGCCCGCUCCACUCCCGCCUGUUACGGGACGGCGAGGGAAGCUCCCCGCACGCCCACCCGCUUCAGCGCAGCGCCUCUUCGGCCAGCGACGUGCCCUCUUCCUUCCGGGCGGGCAAAAGCCAGCCCAGGAGCCCCCUUCCUUCCGCCGCGUCGCCUUCCCUGUCCUCUUCCUCGCUCUCCUCGUCGGUCCCUUCCUUCCGAGAGCCGCGUCCCCCGGCGACCAGGCCCAAGCCGGUGGUGUUCCCCAAGAGCGGCGGAGGGAGCGGCAGUCCGGCCACGGGGUCCCCGACAUCCGCCGCGCCCCCCACGCCCUCCUUGCCUCACGCGCCUCCUCCGCCUCCUUCGUCACAGUCUCAUGACAAAUCCUGCCCGGCUUAGCGCCUUCUCACUCCUAGCCCGGCAAGACCCGUUAAAAUCUGAUCCCGAUGCUUAAAGCGACUGGCGCCGGAAGCACUUAGUUUGUCAUAUACUAGCCCAUUACACACUGUAGCAUUAAGGCAGGGGUGUCCACUGUACGGUCCGAUAGGGGAUCCGGUCCGGUGUCGUUCUGCCCGACGGGCACUUUGUAGUAGUGAUGGGAUUUUCAGCUCUUUUCGGUGAUCCGGUUCAUUUGGAUCGGCUCUCAAACGGCUCUUUUAACUUUAGCUUUAAAUAUUUAUGACAAAUUUAGCAUAUAUUUUGAUAAAUGACUAAAUAUUGCACUCUACUGACUGCAAAUAGCAACAAUUAUCAAGCAAAGAAAAGGGUUUUUUACUUAUUUUAUUGAACAUUAAAAAGGCUCCCAACAAUAAACAAGCAACAAAAUCAAACUUCAACCAAAAACACUCAAACAUGCUGCAUCAUAACAAAAAUAGUGAGUAGUAACUGCAACAGAAGCAGCGAACAAAACAAAUAAAAGCUACUCCUUGCAUUAUUUUAACAAACAUAAGCUACUCCUUGCUUUAUUUUAAAUUUGCAUUCAAGAAAACUAAAUACUUCAACUUGGACGGGCUGAUCCGGCUCCUUCUAUCAGUAAUUAUUUGUCCAGUCUUUUCGCUAAAUCCAGAUUUUUUUUUCUCAUGGGAACCUGCAGAUGCAUGUGUUGACUUGCAUCCUCCAUUAAAAACAAAAAACAAAAACAAAAAAGUCUGAAAUUAAUGAAAUUCUAAGUGUAUCAAAUGUGAUACAUAAGGCUAUAAGGGGUUAAGUUUGCAGGCACGGCAUUCUGCCCGAUUGUCAUGUGACUUUAACCAAUUAAAAUGUCUCCAAAUGUUAUUACGUUUUCUGCUCAUCUUGAAGGCCUACAAAGCGCGUUCGUGUGUCGUCCUUUCCUAUACAGACAGAAGGGAAAAUGACCGAGCCGGCUCUCUGGGGAGGGUGCUGGCUCUCAUCGUUCAUCGUUCGACACAUCACUACUUUGUAGCUUAUUCAUACUGUACAAACAAAAUCACUUGCUUUUAUUUUUGACAAUGACACCACAAAACUGUAGAUUUGUGAUCGAGUGUGCACACUACUAACACUUGGCUAACUUUAAUGUCUGCGGGGUUUUUUUUUUUUUUUCCCUCACCAGGUCAUUCAUUGUCAGACAGAAGCAGCACAGCAAAACGCCACGAUUAAAAAUAAGUCAAAAUAUCAAAAUGGCUUACCUCUUUGUCCUCUGUAGGACCAUGGCCCCUAACAAAAUGUUUACUGCAUAUGAAAUAUGAAUGGAUUCACCGAGCUGCCGUUAAAAGUCCACGCAAGUUGAUUAAUUCUUCACAUUUUUUCCUCCCAAGUUUUGUUUUGUUUUAGUUUUUUACAGAAAGCUAGAUGUUGGCGUUAGUAAACGGCCGCCAUCUUAAGGCAGUAGACUUCCCUGCAAGGCUGUUAUAGCGAACCUUCCAAGCAAUCUAAUUAACUUUUUAUCUAAAACACUCCUAAAUCGGUAAAAUAUUGACUUGAAUCUAUCUUUAAAAUUAAAGAUUCGGCAUCCCGAUCACAUAAUUUUCAAAGUAUCGGAAUUGGCGAAAAAAUAUCGGACAUGCCUUUUUUAAAUAUAUAUAUAUAUAUAUAUUUAAUUUAACGUUACAGACAAAAUGUCUUACACUCAUCCAGAGUAGUUUUAGGUUAAAGUAAGGCUAACAAAUUUAUUACGUUAACUGCGGUAAUUCAUUUUUUUUAAUUAAUCACGUUACGUAAGUAACGCAUGCGCUGCACGACCCACUCACGAAUUGUUACGUUCAAUCUAUAAAGACGCUGUUUUACCUAUAGACAGCGCUAUAGGGCAGCGCAUAAUGAGUAGAGGGAAUUUGGACAGCCUUUGGCGCUAUUUUUUAUGUGGUUAAGGCCUUACAAUACCUCUCGCAGCAAUUAAAAAUAACGUGGGAGGCAAAGUGGGGAAGAAAGGUAGUAGUUGUUCAUUUUCUUAACACCCUAUGUUCUUCCCCAACGCAGAGAAGAUAUCAAUUGGUGCCCCUACGCACAGUCAUGGUUGCACUUCCCAUCAUGCAUUUGGGCAGAAGUUAAAUGGCUGCAGUAUCAUUUACUGAAAGCUCAACGAAUACACUAGAUGGCAAUAUUUAGUCACAAAGUCACAUUUAUCCUUUAAGAAUUACAAGUCUUUCUAUCCGUGGAUCCCUCUCACAGAAAGAAUGUUAAUAAUGUAAAUGCCAUCUUGAGGAUUUAUUGUCAUAAUAAACAAAUACAGUACUUAUGUACUGUAUGUUGAAUGUAUAUAUUCGUCCGAGUUUUAUUCAUUUUUUCCUUAAUGCAUUGCCAAAAUGUAUAUGAUCGGGAAAAAUUAUCAGGAAUGAUUGGAAUUGAAUCGAGAGCAAAAAAAAAGCAAUCGGAUCGGGGAAUAUCGGGAUCGGCAGAUACUCAAACUAAAACGAUCGGGAUCGGAUCAGGAGCAAAAAAAACGUGAUCGGAACAACCCUAUUUAAAAUAGUUUUAAAAGUUUCACAUGGUGAAAGUAGACAAAAGGGAAAUUAUGGAAUAACGGGAGCAAUUUUAACAACUUUAACGGUUGAUUCACAACAUUAAAUUAAUCGAAUAGUUUAAAGCUGCUGAUACAGAAUGGGGAUUUGACUAUAUUAUUUAUUGUGUUUAACUGUUAACUUGAUACUGAAAUAGUCUUUUAAGCCUGCGAGGUUUUUUUUUUAACAAUUUUUGUAACUAAUGUACAAAACAUUAAAAGCAGCUAAUAGCGGGGGGUCAUCAAUAUUCGAUUUAUAAUCGAAUCGUAGCCUCUGAAUCGUAAUCGAAUCGUUAGGUGCCCAAAGAAUCCCACCUCUUGUGAUCGGCAUGUCCGUUUUUGAAAGCUUACCGGAGAAAACAAGCAGACAUAAUAUGGAUUGUAUGAGAGGGCGUGUCUAUAAUGACCCACUUCCGCGUUACGAUGGCAACGUCACGGUCUAAAAAUAGCAUUCGUGCGGUACGCUAUUGAUUUAAACUGGAAGAACUGGCUGUGAAUGUUUAUCUUCCAAAUUGGCCAAAAACAAACUAUCCGUUAAACAAAAUGAGUUGGACACCCCUGCAUUAAGAUAUCACGAUCCACUUUAGAGUACCACACGGUCGCAUUACAGGCAACCUUUUUUUCACAAGGGAACAGGUCAGACAUUCUUGCCAAUUACACUUGCUAUUUCUAGGGGGCGGGCCAAAAUCACUCACAGAUUUACAUGAGACAGGAAGACUGCCCCCUGCCCUUGAUUCGACCCUGCCAUGAUCACAUGGGAUGGUUUGAUUGCUAACAGGAGACUGUGACGAGUUUGAAAAUCUCAAGAAAUGAAACACGCUGUCUUGCUGCUUCACACUUGGAAAACUGGAGAUGUAUGGGCCAAAUAUCACUGCGAGUGAUUGAGAGCUAUGGCUCUUCCUCUUGUCUUGUUUUUUUUUUUAAUUCUCAAUACUGUUUAGGAAAUGGAUCCAAUAAAAUGUAGCCAAAAUAAAUUCUAAAUUAGGGGUGGGGAGCCUGAAGAAAAAGAAACCCCUGGGAAAAACAAACUGAAAUAAAUCAAAUUUAUUUAUAUAGCUCUUUACAAAAACCCAAAAGGUCCUCAAAGUGCUUUACGACAACAAAAAAUAUGAGUUACAAUCAACAUUUCUUACACUAAGUGACCCAAUAUAAACCUGUUAUCAACCAGAAACACUCUGAAAUACUCCCAAAUCAACAGGAAGUGACCACCAAAGCAAAGCAAAGAUAGCAUGGCCAUUUCUCACCAAACUACUUUUUCUAGUAUUAAUCCAUGGAUGAAAUGUGGCUAUGAGAGAAGGUUCCUCACCCCUAAACAGAGCAAUAAGAUGUUUGAGGCAUUAUGCUGCUUUUCUCCUGCAGCUCUUCUAUGUGUAGGGGACCACUGAAAGCCAGCAUUUUUUUUUCUUUUGUAAUGUUGGACUGUACACACACACACACACACAUUCCCCACAGACGUGUUUCGUGGCAGCUAAACACCGUUCAGGUUGCGUGCUGUGGCUAUUGGACAGCAUACUUUUAUGUAUCUACAAUAACAGAGAAAAAUGACAGCUUGCUCGUGUAACUAUACUUCACAUUUUGCAGUAAAAAAAAAAAAUCUAAUGGUGUUUAUGUAUGUUUAUUAAUCAUUAGGGUAACUGGAAGCAUGCUGCUGAGGGUCACAACCAAGCACCUCAUCCAAGGACUUCUUCACCACCCUUUUUCACUGUUACUAUUAUGGUCAAAUGUGGAUGCGUAUGGUUGUGUGCAUGCAGAGGUGGGUAGUAAUGCACUGUUACAUUGACUUUUGGAGUAAAAUGUAGUUUUACUAUGCACGCCAGAAUUUUAACUUGAACAGAAUUUUGAAGACGAAACGCUACUCUUAUUCCGGGCUCCACUACAAUUGUUUCCUCUUUAUUCUACAUUUUAGGGGCCGUUUACAUGUUGACCCUCCGAGAAUACGAAAAAUUUCAAAUUUGCAUUUGCGUCUCCAUUUGAACAAUGUCUCAAUUCCGCAUGAAAACGACGUAGUAUUCAUGCCAGGCCCUAGGGGGCAGUGCAGAUUUACAGGGCGACAGAGAAUAAUGCACUUUGACCCCACCAAGCUCCCUCAGCCCGGGAAAAAAAUAUGCCCGCCCACUCGAAGCAAUGGCAUUUUUUUUUUGUUCAAAAAGGCACAAAAAUUGAAACGUUCAACAUAUUUAAUUUAAAAAUAUUAUUAAAACAGUAAAUUAAAGCCGACAUUCCGCCAUAUUUGCUGUUUUUAAUGUUUAGUAGCACCACUGCACACGCCCAAUGUGACGUGUACGAGUGCUGACGUCAACGUCGCGGUCGCGCGCCGCGGGAGCCCACCUCAAUCCCCGGCAAUCGGAUUCUUCCACUUUGGAGGCAGGAUUCAGAAUUUUUUAUCUUCGCCGACACCAUAUGCACGCGAGGCGAGUCCGCUAUUCAGUCAUUGCGUCUUUGUGUCGCAGAGUCGCCAUGUAAACUGCCCCUUACAUUUGUCUUGAUUUUUGCCAUGUUUGGCUCAACCAGUUUCACCAAUUAGACAUUACGUUCAGUCACAUGACCACACACGAGGUUGCAGUCGGACGUCCUACAACGACACCGGCGUGUUUAAUCACGUGGCUCCAUUACAGCGUUGAAACAAUGAAACUGCAGUAUUUGACAAGAGUCAACGGAACUCAAUUUCAAGUUUUUAUCUGGCACCACGGAAAACCAGAGAUAUGAUCGUUUUUAUUUCAUGGUAGGAAAGGUUUUUUUCUCCACUAGACUGUUUUAUUGUUGUAGUCAGUGUACGAGUGGUGAGCACGUCCACCUCGCAGUUAUGAAAUCAUGGGUUCAAUCCCUGGCUGCGACCUUUGUGUGGAGUUUACAUGUUCUCCCUGUGCCUGCGUGGCUUUUUAAAGUGGGUACUUUGGUUUCCUCCCACAUCCCACCCACCAAAAAACAAACAAACAUGCAUUAAACACUCCAAAAUGUUAGUGUCCUUGUGCCCUGCGAUUGGCUGGCAACCGAUUUAGGUUGUAUCCUGUCUACUGCCCGUAGUUCGCUAGGACAGGCCAAUAUAUUUGUUGACUGAUAUAUCGGUUAAACCUUUGGCAUUAAUAAAAAAUGUCCAUAUAUCGAAGCGAUAUAUCAGUGGACCUUUGGUAUAUAUAAAAACAAAAACGAUUGACAAUAUAAAAAAGAACUUGGAAAAAGUCCUUAUAUCGACCCGAUAUAUCGGUUGACCAAUAUAUCGGUCGACCAAUAUAUCGGGUCGAUAUAUCGGUCCCAAUAUUUCGGGUCGAUAUAUCGGCCAUAUGGGUCAGCCCGAUAUGUCAGGUCGGAAUAUUGGCCAUGUAGUUCGACCAAUAAACCGGGUUGAUAUAUCGGCCCGAUAUAUCGGUGGGUCAAUAUAUCGCCCAUAUCGGUCAACCAACAUAUCAGGUUUAAAUAUUGGCCAUAUAGGUCAACCAAUAUAUUGGGUUGAUAUAUCGGUGAGUCGAUAUAUUGGCCAUAUCGGUCGACCAAUAUAUCGGGUCGAUCUAUAGGUUGACCGAUAUAUCGGUCGAGCCUUUGGCAUUGAUUAAAAAAAAAGUCUAUAUCGGACCAUUAUAUCAGUAGACCUUUAGAUAAUAUAACAAUAUAAAUGUAACUAUUAGCAAUAUAAAAAAAUCUUGGAAAAAGUCUGGCCGAUAUAUCGGUUGACCAAAAUAUUGGCCAUAUCAGUCGACCAAUUUACAUAUAGUCACAGAUUAUGGUGCGCUGAGAAAAAAUAUAUAUAUCACACUGUUAGCAGUAACACAAUGUUACUCAUGACUUGAGUAUUUUUUUUCACCUACUUGAGUACAUUUUUUGGGAUGACUUGAGUCACAUUGUUUUAAAGUAACACCACUCUCGAGUCAAAAUUUUGGCGACUAUCCACCUCUGUGUGCCGAUAUGUGAGCGUCACUGGACGGAUGAAUCUAUGACAAAGCAUUGCCCGUGUCUUUUUCUCGAACAGGUUUUUGCAAUAAUGCUUUAAAAACUUUAGUCAAACCACAAAGGUGGCCAAAGAAGAACGAGCAGCUCCAUUUAAUGUUGAAAUUUCUUCUCUAAAUCAAGGAUAUGAGUUUUGGGUGAAAUACGACACCCCAUAUCAGACAGUGCUUCACAUUGACUGUGCAUUUUGUUGCUCUUACCUCGUCACAACAACUGGAGGGACUUCCACGCAAACAUUGAUGUGCGUUUGAUCUCAAAUCAAUCAUCUUGCACUUGAGCAAAGUCGGCUUUGUGUGUAUGAACUAACUGUGCGGGUGACUUCUCAGAUUUGUCAAAUAUGCAUUUGUGUCCGUUUGGAAACGACUAAAAAAAAAAGAGAGACUAUAAUGUCAAAUUUAUUUAAAGUCUUUGUAUUACUGGAGAAUCCUGUGUUCAGAUGUACUUUGUAUAUACAAUGUUGUACAUUGCAGAGGUACACUCUUCUUUUUGGUACAAUAUUGUACAGUAAUAUCAAUAGUGGUUUAAUCCAAUAGGCCUUAUAUAAUUCCAUGUGUAGUUCUUGUCGUAGUUUUUUUUUUUUUUUUAAAUAAACAUUGCUUGCCAUGAA